AGUAUUAAUUUUUAAUUCAACAAAAAUUGAACUUUUGAUCUAAGUUAGGAUUAAUUGGAGCGAAAAUUUAUAGCUUGAAGUUAUCCUGUAAAACGGACAACAUUGUAUUUCCGACCAAGGCAGGGAACAGGAUACGAUGUCGUCGCCGGACAUUGCUUCAAUCUUGGAAAACUCAAGGGAACUCGAUCGGUUAAGGAAAGAGCAAGAAGAUGUGCUUGUCGAAAUCAACAAGCUUCACAAGAAGCUUCAAGCUACUCCUGAGGUAGUUGAGAAACCUGGUGAUUCUUCGUUGGCAAGGCUAAAAGCUAUGUAUAUUCAAGCUAAAGAUCUUUCAGAGAGAGAAGUAACUAUUUCCAACUUGUUAAUAAGUCAACUUGACACUUCCCUGCCAUCUGGACUUCCCAGACAACAACGAAGAAAGAUGGAUGGUAAUGAUCAGAAAAGAAAAAGGAUGAAGUCAGACUCAGAUAUAUCUCGUCUUUCUCCUUCUAUGUGGAGUUAUAUCGAGGCUUGUGUUAGUUUCAAAGAUGAACAGGUGGCUGCAAGAGUCACCUCAGAUGCUGAGAAGGAUGAGUGGUUUGUUGUAAAAGUGAUAAAUUUUGAUGAGAAAACAAAAGAAUUUGAAGUACUUGACGAGGAACCAGGUGACGAUGAAGAGGGUAGUGGCCAAAAGAAGUACAAGCUGCCUGCUUCUUGCAUUAUACCUUUCCCCAAGAGGAAUGAUCCUUUGAGCACUCAAGAAUUUCCUGCUGGAAGAAAUGUUUUGGCCGUUUAUCCAGGAACAACUGCACUCUAUAAGGCAACUGUCAUCAGUACUCCUCGAAAGAGGAAAUCAGAUGAGUAUUUACUAGAGUUCGAUGAUGAUGAAGAAGAUGGAGCCUUGCCACAGAGGACGGUACCUUUUCACAAGGUGGUUCCGUUGCCAGAAGGACACCGGCAAUGACAUCUGUGUAUAGAUGUGCAUAAUACAGAGCUUUAAAUUUUGAGCUGGCGUUAGAACAUUUGAACCAGAACCAUAAUUUUCACGUCUCCCGUGGUGUAUUGGGUUAGUAAUGGAAUAUAUAUAUAUAUAUAUAUAUAUAUAUAUAUAUCCCGCCUUGUUCAGGAUUCUAAAGUGAUUCUUCGUUAAUUGUAAAGGCUGGCAAUUCAUUUCUCUUCCUCUUGUAAGGCACGAAAUUCCAUUCAAAUCGCAUUAACAGACAUUUUUUAAUUGGAGAAAAAUGAAUACCUACAAAAUGAAGUUCGCUGCUGUAGGAUUACAUGUUGAUUAA